UGCGGCCAUCACAUGACGCUGCCUACUGACAGAUGGGAGGGGUGGCAGGGCGGGGCCAGCCGAGAGGCGUGAGGGCACCAGUGCAGCGAGUCGCCAAUACUUCUGAUUGAGGCGGCAUGGCACCGGAGCCCGCUCCUUGACAACGUCCAGCUGCCAUGGGGGGGCAGCAGUCGAGGCUCUUGGACUCAAAGCAGCGCAAGAAUCUGGCGGGGCGCAGCAGGGCAGUGGUGAAGAACUUCGCGCCUCACUACCGAAGGCAGUACGCCACCGCCUACGUCAAGCACAUCAUCACCGAGCUCGAGCAGAGAGAGGGCGCCGUCACCCAGCUGCAGCGCAGACCGGUAGAUCUGCUUCGGGGGGAGAAGCUGCUGGAGGGGACGCUGCCGCAAUUUCAAGAUCAGAGGUGGAGCGAGAGACGCCUGCUGGUGACCGGAGACUUCCUGGUAGAGAGCAGUGACAUCAAGGAGGACCCCCAAAAUGUGCACAAGAACAAAACCCGCCUGCUCCUGUCCAGCUGUGACAUUUGCACUUCCACUCAAGAAUACCGCCUGCUGUGGGACAGGGCCAUGCAGGAGAUGCCAGGUGCCGCGGACUUCGAGAUGCCCAACUCACCCGGGCCCUUUGACUACCCUGUCUUCAUCCAUCACCCAUACCGGCCUGUCAUUUGUAUCUGCGCCCACUCUGAAGACGAGCAGCUGGCCUGGCUGAGUGUUUUGAGGAAUGCCAUGCGGCACCACAGCACUGCGAUCCUGAGACAAAACUCCUUCCAGGGCAGGGCCUUCCUAGAAGCCGUCCGCCAUUACAGGCAAGAGAAGGGCAGAUACGACUCGGGGGUCCUAAUGCUCGGCUCUGAAGAGGACGUCCUCUCCAUGGUGGUCAUGGAGGACGUGCUCCCCGGGCUCCGCUCACAAGUGUUUCCUCGACUGCGCGUGGCACGGAACAGGAGGGGGGCAGCAUGGGGACUGCUCCUGGCUGAAGUGUUCUCGCUGGUUUGUGGCGAAGUGUCGCAGGAGCUGCACACCCUGAAGGAGCACGAAGCUCAAGGGCACCCCCUGCUGGACAAGCAGGUCCGUCUUAACCUGGACCAGAUCCUCACCGUGCAGGAGCACAUCACUCGCAAGAUGAGAGGUCAGAUGGCAUCAGUGAUUGCCAUGUGUGUGGCUCGCUUGAUCCUCCCUUCCCUGGGGUCCAUCUGUCAGGAGCUGGCAGGGGCAUUGCAUUUGGCCUUCUCUGCUGCCCGAGAGGUGUUCACGGACGCCUGCGACGCCAUCAUGAGCGCGAGGUGCUGCGGCUGCUCUGUGCAGGAGCUGACGGAACCCCUGACAGGCCUGCCCUGUGACUCGUCACCCUCGGGUCACUGCUACCGCCAGCUGGAGCUCAUCCCCGACAGGCUGGCCGCCCUUCAGGAUCGAUUCGGCUUUCAGGGUGCCAAGGGGAUUGUUCUUCGGGCCCAGAAUGCUCUGGAGCAGUUCCUGGAGGACGCCGUCUACACCUUUGAGUGUCUUCUGUCCCAGCAGCUGCGGCACUCGAUGAAGUCCACUCAGAUCAGUCUGACCCUGCGCCGGGUCUAUGGCCGUGUCCUUAAGCUGGACCAUGACAGCGUCCUUGUGCAGACUGACCUGCUCCGAGAGGCCCUGGUGCAGAUCACGCUACCCUGGCUGCUCAGGGAACUGGAGCCCACCUGCAAACUGGAACUCCUUCAGUACGAGGAGAUGGUGUUUGCUGAGCACAGCGCCGUAAUCCACAUUGAGAACAUCUACGAGGAGGUGGUCCUGGAGAGCCUGCUGAAGGACAUCAACUCAGUUCUGAGGGACGCACCCAGCCAAUACCAGCUCAGCCUGCACUGCUCCAGCCUGAUGUGCAUCCUGAACAGCCUGGGCGCGGACCACCGGACUGGACAGCAGACCCCCAGCAGUGGCUCCUAUGAAAAUGUGCCGUUCACCGUAGAAGUGGGAGCUGAGAGUAAGGAUGAAGAGCGUGAUGAUGAGGAGGAGAGUGAAUACGUCAACGUCGCCACCAUGCCAGCCAGCUCAGAUGACCUUACCCGCCGCUCCCACCAGCCAGGUCACAACAUGCACCAGUGGGCCAUGAUGAGGGAGUCCGAUGCCUGAGCUGGACAUCAGGGGGCAGAGGAAAGACCACAGAGAUGGGGCUGUGCCAGAGGACCCUGCUGAGCUUGCAAAUUGUCACACAGCUGGCACCACCAGCAGCGGGUCAGCUGGGAAAAAUGACAAGGGCAGAAGACCUAAGAAGCGAUGUGUCACAGCCAGGGGGGCUCUCUGUGUGACACUACACUGGUGUCACUUUAGUGCAAAUGGCACAGUCAGCCGUGGCGUUGUCUGUCACUGCCUGUUGCACUUUAGCUCUCUCUCUCUGUCUCUCUCUCUCGUCACCCUCAGAUUUUGAAAGCCAUCUGUCCCCUUCAUUACGAUGGACCACUGUGACUUCAUCUAACCUGAGGGUCCCAACUCCCUCUUGGUGCUUCUGUCCGCUUUGAACCUGAUGUCGGGUAAGGGGGGGGGGGCGUGCCCAGUGGACCCCUGGGACGUGUGCUGAGUGGACGCUCAUUGCCAUGAGACUCUCCGUCUGGGGGUGCGCAGGCAGCCGCACUUCUCCUUGAUGCCACCAGGAGGCCCCACACUCUGUGAUACCAAAUUAGCAGCUGGGAUUGAUGGGAGGGGGCCGACUGAUGCAGCCCCCCUUGACCUUUGGACAGCAAACAAAUGGCAGACGGCGGGGGUCCCCACAGGACAUUGCUGUCUGUGGACUGUCAGGGUGUUGGUUACUUGAUUUUAAUUUGGGUUUGUCUUCUGAAAUGUCAUCAACGUGUGACCUGAUUUAUGAGGUCACCCCAGACUGAGUGUCACCUGUAGCCCCCUGCUCGAGAAGGGCCCAACCUUAGGACCUGCCAGGUGGUCGGCCCCCCAGAUUGCCUCUGAUUUGUCAGCAGUAUAAAAGCGGGGGGCGCCAGAGAGACACAUCUGGUGCCCACCCUGAAGUUGUUUCUGGCCAUUGCUUGUCCAGCAGCGUGAUGUCCUCCUCCCCUCUUCUGCGUCUUCUUCUUCCUCCCCUCCGGUCUGUCAGGCUCACUAAUGGCUAACUGAGGUGGGCAAACGCAACUCCCACCUGCAGUGUUCUCGUGUGUUUAUUGAAUUAAAAUGCAUUUCUAACUUA